UCGGCGCAGGCUUCCGGCCGGCCGCGCCGGAUGAGGCAGGGGCUGGCGACGGCGUUGUGGGCCAUGGGGCCGCGGCCGGGUUAGGGCGCGGCGAUGUCGGGCUACGCGCGGCGGCAGGGCGCGCCCCCACUAUCGCGGACGCGGAGCCUCGUAGUUCCCGACGAUUUUGGCUAUGGAAAGGGGAAAUGUACUAAACAAGGUCCGUCGGGAGCCCAUGAGACGCGCUUUGGAGGUGACAAACUUGAAGACCUUGAAGAAGCCAAUCCAUUCUCCUUCAAGUUUUUGAAAACCAAGAACCUCAGCCUGUCAAAAGAAGACACAGCCACCAGUCGAAUUUACCCGAAGGAGGCCUCGAGGCACCCACUGGGACUAGACCACAACUCCCCUGUUUCCCAGCCCAUGGGAUAUGGCCUGGAAUAUCAGCAGCCAUUUUUUGAAGACCCAACAAGAGCCAGCAACCUAGAGGAGGAUGAAGAGGAUGGGUGGAGCAGAGCCUACCUGCCGUCCGCCGUGGAGCAGACUCACUCCGCGAGAGCCGCGCAGAACUCAUCGCCCUGUGGCACCUACCUUUCCUUCUUUUCCAACGCGUCAGAGCUGGCAGGUCCUGAGUCUUUGCCCCCAUGGACACUGAGUGACACUGACUCCAGGCUCUCCCCAGCGUCUCCAGCUGGGAAUCCUAAUGUAGACUUUGCAGCUCAUGAAGAAUCCUUAGGGGACAGACACCUGCGGACGCUGCAGUUAAGUUACGAAGCAAAACAGGCUGUAAAAGCAGAAAAUCAUGUCAUGAAGCUGAAACAGGAAGUAAAUUUGCUCCAGGCACAGCUCUCCAACUUCAAGCGAGAAAACGAAGCCCUGCGGUCAGGCCAGGGUGCCAGCCUUACCGUGGUGAAGCAGAACACCGAUGUGGCCUUGCAGAACCUCCAUGUUGUCAUGAACAGUGCACACGCAUCCAUAAAGCAGCUGGUGUCUGGAGCAGAGACUCUGAACCUUGUUGCUGAAAUCCUCAAGUCUAUCGACAGAAUUACUGAAGUUAAGGAUGAGGCAGACUCUUGAGAACACGACCUGCCGCCGGGUCCCGGCACCUCUGCACCGAUGGCACCACACAGCUUCCAACUGUGUUCCUAACUAAGCAGUCCUCACCAAACCAUCUCACAGCCUAAGCACGUGACUGGGCACCUGCAGUACGGGGCUCCUUUCCACCUGUUGCACCUAACAGUUUACAUGAAGUCCUUUGGGGAAGUCCCACUGUUUGAUAGACUCACUGAUUUACUGGAAGACAUUUUUAUAAAACCCAGCAAUUUUUAGAAAGCACUAAAGCUGAAACAAGAGUUUGGUAAAAAGCUUCUUCCACUGUCCCCUCAGAUUUACCUAUAGAUGAGCUCGGGCUCAGGGCCAAUCUUACUAAGCAGAACACUAAGUAAGCCAGGGUGUAAGCGAGCAGCCUGCACAGGGACUCUUGCUGUCACUCUGCCUCACGAACAGACGUUGACAUUGUGGCCUUCACGGAGGCUCCUGCUGUCAGCAGCCUCACCGAGGCAGCACCACUCGGUAGAUGCUGCUGUCCUACCAGGGACCCUAGUACCAAAGUCACAGACUGCAUUGCAGAGCGUCACACGCGCACUGCUCUGGGCUACCAGCUUCGGGAAGCCAUUUGGGGCUGUUGGUUUUGAUGAGUGUUAAUGUGUCAGUGCAUCUUUUGCAUAGUGCGGUUCAGACUGGAAUUAGAGCACACACCUACCUGCCUCAGGUCAGCACCAGUUCUUUGGGCUGGCUGGCUGGUUUUGAAGGACAAGCAGACAUAAGCAGCACCCUGUGCUGUGCUGAGGGGUCAGGGUUUGGGGACCACUUUCCUAUAGAUUUUUAAAAUUUCCCUCUUCCCCUCCUGUUGAGAUCAACAGCUUUCUUAUCUAAAUAAAUCUUGAAGAUCAUUAAAAAAAAAAAA